AUGAUGAGCCCUGACAGUAAAAAUCUUACUGAAUUACCAGAAGAAUGCAUUCGUCAAAUUUUAACCUUCGUCAAAGACAAUAAGAUCAAAAAAUACCUCAACGAAUUGAACGAGGAAGAACAGAAAAUUCUCAUACCAUUGAUGGUCAAUUUGCCUCCUACCCAACCUCGUCCAAAAUGUGCAUCGCAUUUAGUGAGGCUCGACCUGCACGACUUAUACGUUGCCUGCAUAAAACUGUUAGCUGCUCAAAAACGCUUCUGCGAAUGUGGCGAAUUAAGGAUUGUGUCCUUAAUGGUUUCUUCUAUCAUUAAAAUGCUGAUGCGAACAAAUAAUCUCCAAAGUUUGUCUCUAUUGAUUUCUGGAGACGAGCCAGAUCUUCCGGAAUCAUACAUUUUCUCUUCAAGUCAACCAGGAUUAUCUAAUCUACGCUCUUUUCACCUUGUAUUAAAGGAUACACUGAUAAAAGUAAACAUUCGUGAAUUUAUCGAUAAAUUACCAGAGUUAUGUUCGAACCUCCGAGAAAUUGCCUUCGAUUUUUCCGACAAUGACACUGACGAUGCAACUACUUCGUCAUUAACUAGCAUUAUUAGUGCACAAGAACAUCUAUCUACAUUUAUCUUAAGUUGUCGGACUGCUAGUGCUCAAAGAUAUAUCAGCGAGCUAAGUUCUCGGAGAGAAUUGAAAAACCUACAUUUGAAUGAAAUUGAUUUUUCAAGGAUUUCGAUAAAUUCUUUGAACGCUAUUUUAAAAUGUGAAAGAUUGGAACAAAUUACGAUUUCUGAGUCUCAUGGAAUUUCUUAUAAUCCUCACUAUCAAUAUAGUUAUCCUCGUGAUUUUUCUCGAUUAUACCGUCGAGCCGCAGAAAACUCUGAAAUUGUAUUUACUCGUUCAAAUAUCUACGAAAUUUAUAAUAUUCGUGACCCAUCGCUUCGAGCCAAACUUCGUUGGGAAAAUGGUCCACCACUAUUAGAGGCUAAAGAUUAUUGGAGACCACGAUAUGAAAUUGCAGAUUUAUUACGUGACUUGGAAGAUUGUGAUUUUGUAAAUGAUGAAGCUACUGCUCAUUUUUUAUUGGUUAAAUUAGUCGAAAGAUUAGUAAGAAUACAAGAACGUUUAUGUCAACGUUGGCCUGAAAAGUUGAAACGUUGUUGCCAAAGUUGGGAAACAUGGGAUCCUGUUGGAGGACGACUUGCUAAACGUGCCUUAAAUUCCAAUGUUAAAUGGAUCGAACGAAUAAGAUGUUCUAAAGAAUUGGCAAAAUAUGUGUUAGCCCCUAUUGGUGGUAUGAUGCCAAUAGAAUGGACGAUGGAUUGGGAAGAAAUACCUGAUGUUGAUUUGCCCUAUGAUCCAUUAAUAUUGCCAAAAAUAGAGGUAUUUAUAACUCAAUGA